AUGAUCUCGUCAGCAUCCUCCUUUGCCGCGCUUAAAGCGCAAAGGGAAGCUAGACGCAAUCCCCUCUCCACGCUAUCAUCUGCUGCUCAAGCCAUUCAAGGCUCAUCGGAUCAACAUCAGCAUUACGGCUUCGGAUCAGCUUCAGCAACAGGAAAUAUGGGUCCACCUGCCACUCCGGUUGCCAUGCCGGGUCCUUCGAAUAGAUCAGCACCAUCAAAUGCAUUCGCAAUGAGCUCGAGGCCGACGCCCGAUACUGAUAUGGAGCACGGCCAACAACCAUCACCUGUUCCACAACGACCAGCUCCUUCCAAUGCCAAUGCCAGCGCCAACGCCAAAAAAGAGCCAGGUGCUGCAGGUAGUCGAGUCAGGCUGCCCGACGUUCAGGACCUCGAGCUCCGCUUCGAUCCUUUCUCGAGCGAGCGUGCCCUCUUCUAUGCGCCAUUGCCGAAAAAUGGCCUCUCACCUGCCCACUUUUCCAUCUCGAGCUCCUCUUCCGCCUUCUCUCCAGCCAAUCGCUCGCGCUCCUUCUCUGGCUCGAUGUCCUAUUCCUAUUCUCAGCUUCUGUCCAGCUCCUAUUCGGCUCCCGGUGGAUGGGCAGCUGCUGGCAUUACCAGCUGUCGUCCUGGCGAUGUGCUCCUUCGUGUUCGACCCGAGGUAGCUGUGCUUUCCACUGCUUUGCUCGAACAACGCUGCUCGGCCUGUUACUCGCCUCGUUCAGUUUCCGAGCCGAUCGCCCAACAGGCUGCUGCAUCAACGGCAGGCAAGCUACAACGAUGCUCUGGAUGCAAAGUGGUGCGAUACUGUUCGUCUGCAUGCCAACGACGUGAUUGGCCUACCCAUCGCGACGAAUGCAAGGCGCUCAAAGCUAUGCAGCAGCUUCACACCUACCGAUCUGCUUUGCGACAGCUCGAUCAGCCUCUGGCAAAUCGUUUUGCCCAAUCUCAAGGUGGUAGUGCACCUUUCAACAUUGGCUCGUUUCAGGACAAUGAUGAGGUGGUUGCGGCUGCUGCUGCUGGUCAACUGCAGGGUAACGAGAGCGAUGAUGACAGCGGUCUUGACCGAGGGCGUGGUGGAGCAGGAGCUAGUAGCAGAAGCUCGAAUAGCAGCAAGGAUCGCAUUCGACUUCCAAGUUCGAUGAUGCGUGCCUUGGCUCGCUGGAUCUGGGCACGAAGUCGUAUCGGUGGUGGCAGUGGUAAGGAUAAAGCUCGCGGCGAGCGAGGUGAUCUGCUUGAACUUUGUUCGCAUCGAGAACGUUUCGCACCGGAAGAGCUGCAGCAACAGGCACAACUUGCGCUGCACCUUGCCCAGUACCUCACCGCGGCAGCACGUGCCAGUGCUACACUUGGACCUGUCACUCGAGGCGAAGCUCACUUGGACGAGAUGCUGCAACCCGAAUCUACUUUGUCGCAAGGAGACGCAUUGCGUGCGGUCGGCAUCGACUCGGCGAAAGAACUGCUCGACCUCGUCUGUCAAUUCGCCAGCAACUCGUUCACACUCACCGACAGUGAUCUCAACCCACUCGGUGUCUGCAUGCAUCCGAGCAUGGCAAUGAUCAAUCAUGCCUGCACACCCAAUGCAGCUGUCGUGUUUCCCUUUGGCGGCGCUGCUAAGAACGGGCAACAAAAGUGGAAUGAUGGAGAGGAUAGGAUCAUGCAGCUUGUGGCGUUGAGGGCGAUCGAACCGGGUGAAGAGCUGCUCAUCUCGUAUGUCGACAUUGCGGAUACAUAUCAGGAUCGACGUAACUACCUCAAGAAGCGAUAUUGCUUCGACUGCCGUUGCGAGCUGUGUCGCAAGAGUCAGGCCAAGCUGGCUUCUGCGAGCGGACAGCCUUUUGCUUCUCCUUCUUCGUCACCAAUGCAGCAUGCGCCACAGGACGGAUUCGGAGUACGGCCGCCUCGACCCAACAACUGGAUCGAUCCUCGACACGCGGUGUGGUGCCCAAAACGAUGUGGUGCUUGGAUCGACGGUUCAGCAAUGAACUUGUCGGACAGCAGUGCAGCGCAAGCAUCAGCGCUGUCUUCAACACUGGUCGCCAAGUGCAGCAAGUGCCACUCGGCGUCUCAAGUGACAUCAACAGAUGUGGCAGAAGACACUCGACUGGCAAUAGAUGUACUCAAGCAAGCGUCGCGAUUGCUGGACCGAGGCGAGUCGGAACUGGCAUGGAACCAGUGCGCUGCGAUACUACCAGGCUUGGUGGAGCGAUACCCACCUUCUUGGCAACCUCUUUUCCAGCUGCUCAGAUUGGCGACAACAUGCCUCAUUGAAGUCGGCUCCACUUUGCUAUCUCUUGAUCCAGCAGAUGCAUCAAAGGAACAAGCAGCAGCGUACUGCUUGGACGAGGCGGUCAGAAUGCAGAUGCUGGUUGUGGCAGGUACGCAAGCCUCCAACACACCAGUUUACCCCAAAGGUCACCCAGCCAGAGCGAUUGCUAUUGCAACGUUGGCCAAGUUGGUGUUGGCACAGUUGGACAACACGCAUCGUAUGCGACAGCGUGAAGCUGGCGACUUUGCAGGCGGUGCAGCAUUGCAGAUGGGUGGAGUGCCAAAUGCUGCGGUAUGUCGUGCAGCAGUCCAACAGACGGCUGCACAAGCUGAUCAAAGAACACUUUCCAUACUCAAGAACGCGCCUAGCGUUCCUGAGGAGAUGCGGGUUGAGUUGGCCCAACAGAUGCUCACUCAGGCUAUCGAGGAGCUCGAUAUUGCUUUCGGUAGAUCGAAUCAGGGCGGACGUACGGGGCGAGAGAUGCGCAAGGCACUAAGCGAGAUGGAACAAGAGAUUGCAUUGCUCAAGCAAACUAGCUCGAUGUCGGUAUCUUGA